AUGACAUUCAAAACCUUGAUCAGAAUUUAUGAACAUAUAUCUAAGUUAAUUACUUACUCUAGAAGUGAUACUAAUAUAGAAUUGACAAUUUCUUCUACUGCUAUACGUAAUGCAAUCAUUGUUAUAUUGGAAGAAGAAAAACAAGGUUUGGACCAAAAAUCUAAGAUGAAGUUGUUUGGUAGGUUUGAUUUUUUGUAUUUUCCAGAAAUUAGUACAAACAACAUUUAG